AUGCUGGAGAGCGGCUGCAGGGCCGUGAAGGAGGGCGUGCUGGAGAAGAGGAGCGACGGGCUGCUGCAGCUCUGGAAGAAGAAGCGCUGCAUCCUCACCGAGGAGGGGCUGCUGCUCAUCCCGCCCAAGCAGCCGCCGCCGCCGCAGCAGCAGCCGCCGCAGCCGGCCGAGCCGGCCGCCAAGAUGAAGGAGCUGCACUUCUCCAACAUGAAGACGGUGGACUGCGUGGAGCGCAAGGGCAAGUACGUGUACUUCACCGUGGUCAUGGCCGAGGGCAAGGAGAUCGACUUUCGGUGCGCGCAGGAGCACGGCUGGAACGCGGCGAUCACGCUGCAGAUGGUGCAGUACAAGAACCGGCAGGCCGUGCUCGCCGUCCGCUCCACCCGCCACAAGCAGCAGCAGCUCCUGGCACCGCCGCCGGCCCCGCGGCGACGCAGCGCGUCCAGCUCCGCGUAGCGCCCGCGCCCGAGCAUCCGCCGGGCAUCCCGAGCAUCCUCUGGACAUCCCGAGCAUCCUCCGGGCACCCCAAGCCCCUAUGGGCAUCCUCCGGACAUCCCGGGCAUCCUCCGGGCAUCUCAAGCCCCUCUGGACAUCCCGAGCAUCCUCUGGGCAUCCUCCGGACAUCCCGAGUGUCCUCCGGGCCUCCUCCGCUCCAUCGCCCCACGGACAGCGACCCCCGGCUGCUGCCCCGCUCGCCCCCUCCGUGCCCACAAGCAUUUCAACCCGUGUUAUUUAUGAGCGCCGUGGGAAGCCUCUUCGGCGUGCUGGGACUCCUCCUUAGGAGGCGCGAUGUGCUGUAACUUUAUUUUAACGUGUUUUAUUUAUUAGCUGUCGUGGGUUGUUUUAUU